AUGAGCGUGCAGAACCUCAACACAUUCGACCCCUUCGCAGACGAGGGAGACCCGCUCGCCAGCAACGCAGACGUCGGAUCUCAGCAGAACUACAUCCACGUUCGUAUCCAGCAGCGAAACGGACGGAAGACGUUGACGACUUUGCAAGGUCUACCUAAAGAGUACGAUGCAAAGAAGCUCCUGAAGGCGUUCAAGAAGGCAUGUCACUCUGAAAGAGAGCGGUUAGCGUGGCAUGAAUUCGCUUGCAACGGCACCCUCGUUGAGGAUGAGGAGGCCGGUCAGGUUAUUCAGCUCCAGGGUGACCAGCGUUUGAAGAUAUCGAAUUUCCUUGUCGAAGAAGGCAUUCCGAGAACCACGAUCAAGAUCCACGGUUUCUGA